UUAAAACUAACAGAGUCAGCUGUGUUUCCUUUCAGUCUCUGUCAGAAAGCAAGAUGGGUAUCCGCUCCUCAAUCCCCAAAGGUGACCCCCUUCAAAUCGUGCUGAUUGGGAGGACCGGUGUUGGGAAGAGCGCUGUCGGUAACACCAUCGUGGGUAAAAAAGUCUUCUUGUCUUCAACGAGUGCACAUUCGCUGACACAGUACUGCGAGAAAGAACGAGUUAAAUGUCGGAGAAAGAUUCACGUCACCGACACCCCCGGGAUCCUGGAUACUUCAAAAGAAGCCGAGAAUAUAAAGACAGAGAUUAAAAAAUGCAUCCAGGUGACCUCUCCCGGGCCCCACGUCUUCCUGCUGGUGAUGCAGAUCGGCAGGUUUACUCAAAUAGAAGUCAAGUGUGUGGAAGCUCUGGAGAAAAUCUUUAGUGAAGAAGUAUACCGCUACAUGAUCGUCCUAUUCACACGUGGUGAUGAGCUUCAGGGUAGAACCAUAACGCAAUAUGUGCAAAACAGCCACCCACAACUUCGAGAAGUGCUGAACAAAUGCGGGAACCGCUACCAUGUCUUCAACAACAAGAAAAAAAGGAACAGGACUCAGGUGGUACGUCUGAUUGAGAAGAUAGAUGACAUGGUGGGGGCAAACGGCGGUCAGCACUUCAGUGAAGAAAUGCUAGUGUCGUCCAAAAAGACUGAAUCCUGAGAGAAAUGCUGAUUUACAGCUUUUCUUUGAUGAUGGAACUGUUGCAGGGAGCCGCUAACCCUUUUUCAGUCCCUCCUGAUCUCGUCCUUCCUUCUAUCAUCACUGAUUCUUAUGGCAAUGGUAGCUGUUUGCAGGUAUUGGAAAAUGCAAACUACUGCCUGAUGGUGGACUACAGUACAUCUGAUCUAUUGCACUGCAGAAAAGCUGUCUUUUUCAAGUGUGAAGUGAAGUGAAAGUUCUCCAGAUUCUCCCAAUUACCCACGCCAGCCAUGGCCAUAACACACGCACCACCACAAAUGUACAGUGGAUCCCUGCACAUUCGCAAUUCAGCAUUCACACACCCACAAAUUUGUAGAUUUUUGUCAAAAAAAAUAGUUAUUCUAAACUAGGCAAUGUUUUCAUUCACCAUAAGUUGCUGGUCAUUUAUAAAUAUGUGAUAAUACAGAUGAAAUGUACAGUUUUUACAUGCAAUACUGUUAGAAAACCCUGCAAUUUUUACACGUUUACGUCUUUGCAGUCAUGGAAAAAAUGAUUAAACCAGCCUUGUUUCUUCAGUUUAUUGUUCAUUUAGUGCCCGGGACAACUAAAGGUACAGUUGUUUGGUCAAAUAUAAUGAUGACAACCAAAUAGCUGAUAAGAGUCUCACGGAAAAGCUUACUUUCAUUUCCUCGCUCUUCAUCCAUUAAGUUCUUACGUCAGUAGCUGUCGCCUUGUACUGCAGAGAUGGGAGCAGGUCGGUGUUUUGCAAGUCUCAAUUAAGGCUCAAGUCUUUAAUCUCAAGUCUCGAGUCAAGUCUCGAGUAAAAACGUGCAAGUCCAGAUCAAAUUUCAAGUCAGGACAAGACAGAUUGAGUCAAGUCUGAAGUCAUAGGCUUGAAAUUUCCGGGUCCUUAGGAGUCAUAAGCAUUGUUAAAUCAAAUAUUUCAACAAUCUAUCCAAUUUGACAAAUAAUGAAUGCAUUUUGAUUUUUUAAAAAUUAAAAAAUGUAAAAAAAAAAAAAUAAAUAAAAAGACCAGUGUGACAAGACUUAGUCACAGAAAGAGUGCGGACAUAUUCACACAUUCGUUGUUUGUCCCUAAACCCGAUUGGAUGUUAAUAGAUGCGUUCGAUGAGGCAGAUUCUGUGGGAAAAUGUGUUGUCUUGCUGGAAAAUGACAUAAUGACUAUCACGUUAGUUGAAUACUUUGAACGGGGAAACAUUUUACUCAACACUUUCACUGAAAAUGAUUAUUUUCAAGUCAUCAGACUAAGGCUGAUGUCAAAGUAAAAGCGUUGCAAUUCUUGAUUCAUAUUGUCAACUCGAGUCCAAGUCACGUGACUAGAGUCCUCUGUUGUAUUAGCAAAAAAUGAAACGCUAUUUUUGUUGUCAUCAUUAUAUUUGUCCACACAAAUGUACCUUUAGCUGCACCAGCCAUUAAAAUGAUCAAGAAACUAAAGAAACAAGGCUGGUCUAAUCAUUUUUUCCCCCAUACUAUGCUUCACUGAUCAUGUUUUUUCGUCAGCGUUGAGAUUUCGCACUUUGUUCAGUGGUUUCUGAACGCGCCACAGUUGGUUUCACUUUAAACUCUGAUCCCAUGUGCUCAUGGAUCAUCUUACAUUGUCAUUUAUUAGCGAUGAGUACUUAUACAUUUUACACUUUAAAUGUGGUAAAUAGGAGUGAACAAUGGGGUGAACAAAGGGUUCUGCAGAUGAACGAUCACUUUUGCACCAUUUUCCGGUGUCCUGGACGUAAGAAACGUGGGGAUUCUGCUGUAUUUGGCUAUCAUGAGGUUUAAUCAAUGAAUAGUUUAAACUUGAUUCCUAACGUGUUAUGCACAUGCUUUCAAAUCAGGGUGCAGGAAUGACACAGAUGCAUUAAAAGGAAGUGAAAAAACACAACCCCGUCUCGAUGUUUUGGACGCACUUCACAAAUAAUAUGCGUAGGUGUUGGUUUGUUAUUAGCAUUAUAGUGACCCCUGUGCAAUGAAAUGUAUGGAAAUUCUAUCAAAACAAUAAAACCACCUAGAUUUGCACAUUGCAAUAAACAAACGUCUGCAUCUGUUUCUAUUUGGUUUGUGUACACGAUUCAUGUAAGUGCACAAAAACAUUCCAGAAGCUAUGAUGUUGACUAGUUCAACCAGUAUGUAUCAACCUUAGAAUGACAUCAUCCUUACUUGCCUUUCUUUGGAUCAGAUGUACAAGUAGGAUGGGCCAGUAAAACGGCCUUGACUGGAAUUUGAGUUUAGAAAAAGGAUGCGUUCCGGUCUAUAUAACUUAUUUGAAGCAUAUUUGAAGUACAUUGUGUAACAAAAACAUUUAUCCUUGUGGUUUUUAUUGCAGUUCAUGUAAAAUAAAACAAGGUAUUUAUUAUUAUGGUUCC